AUACUGGCGGGGGGAGGGGUGGGGUUUAGAGGAAGCGGAAGUGUCAGAGCAGGCGGAAGUGGUACUGCCCUGAAUACCCUGAGCAGCGAGCGGAGGACGGCUUGAUAAACUCCCAUCGUUCAGAGAAUAAAAUCGGGAUUCCUAGUACGCUUUAAAUCCUAAAAGAUGGAUAAGAACGACCUGGUGCAGAAAGCCAAGCUGGCAGAGCAGGCCGAGCGCUACGACGACAUGGCAGCUGCCAUGAAGGCCGUGACGGAGCAGAGCCUGGAGCUCAGCAACGAGGAGCGCAACCUGCUCUCUGUCGCCUACAAGAACGUGGUGGGGGCCCGUCGUUCAUCCUGGCGCGUCAUCUCCAGCAUCGAGCAGAAGACGGAGGGGAACGAGAAGAAACAGCAGAUGGCUCGCGAUUACCGCGUGAAGAUCGAGUCUGAACUCCAAGAAAUCUGCCACGACGUGCUGAAUCUGCUCGACAAAUUCCUUAUUCCCAAUGCAUCUCAAGCGGAGAGCAAGGUGUUCUACCUCAAAAUGAAAGGAGACUACUUCAGAUACCUGUCAGAGGUGGCCUCUGGGGACUCAAAGAAGGAUACGGUGGAGAACUCUCAGCAGGCCUACCAGAACGCCUUCGACAUCAGCAAGAAGGACAUGCAGCCAACACACCCCAUCCGGCUGGGCCUGGCCCUCAACUUCUCCGUCUUCUACUACGAAAUCCUCAACUCCCCCGAGCAGGCCUGCUCUCUGGCCAAGCAGGCUUUUGACGAGGCGAUCGCCGAGCUCGACACCUUGAACGAGGACUCGUACAAAGACAGCACGCUGAUCAUGCAGCUACUAAGGGACAACCUCACUCUGUGGACAUCAGAAAACCAGGGAGACGAGGGCGAGACCGGCGACGGAGAGAACUAGAGCGCACUUCACUGUUAACCCAUCCCCACUCUCUUCCUCUUCCUUUUAUCUCUCUUCCUCUUUCUUCUCUUCUUCCUCUCUUCGUACACAUAAACAGCCCAUUCAUUCCCUCGUCCCACUUGUUCAAGCCCAGCCUCCCGACUUCCCUUCUGUAUAACCAACAGCAUGAAUAGUACCUGACCUUCACAAAUGAAUUAAAAAAAAUAAAUAAAUAAAAAAUGGAGGGAGGAAAAGGCAGAAACUACUUCAUCACCCUGAGAUCCCUCCAUCCCUCCUCCCUCCCUUGAUCAUGGCACUCCAAGGCAGGCCACCAGGCUAAAUCCGUUGGCCAGUCUAGUCUUAUAGCAUGCAGGGAGGAUUUUUAUCCAAAAACCACAAAAUAAAGUAAAAUUUUUAGAGUCCACAUUCCCCCGUUUUUAUCCUCCUCGUUUAAUCUUUCUCCUCCAUUCCUUCCGUUCUUCCUCGCUCCUCUUCCCCUCCUUCCUAACAUCUCAGUACGUUCUCUCACCCUCCUCCCCCCUCCUCCCCUCCUCCCCCUCCUCCUCCCCCUUCCCCUCCUCUCUAGCGAGUUAAUGCAUUUAUAUAGUUGUCCAUCCCUUCUCUUUUUGGCUUUUCUUAGUGUACUGGCGAAAAAUGGCUGGUUUUAUUCCACUUUAAACAAAACAAAAAAAGGUUAUUAAACUGUCCGUUUAUUUUCAACAAACACUGUGAUGCUUAGUUUUUCCUCCACCUUGCCAACAGAUCCUUGUUUGAUGGCAAAAAACAAAAAAACAACAUUCAGCUGGGAGAGGGUGUGUUUGAACAGCAGUGCAAUUCUGCUGAGGUUUAUACAGAAGGGUCCUCCUACAAGGCUGUAUUGUGACACUGACAAAUCUAAAAACAAAAGUGUUUUACCUGCUGUGUAAUCAAACACUCACUGUUUUUUCCGUUUUAUCUUCCUUUCUAACCGGGACCCGGGGUUUUAUCCAACACCAUAAAUCCAGUUCAGAACUAAAAAACAAACGAAAAACAAAACUGAUUUGGUCAAUUAUUACUAAUCACACAGAAAGCAUACAUUCCAUCUUAAUGUUUGAGAAAAUUUUAGACAUCUUUCACAACAAAUGGGACCUGCCUGCUUCCUUGGAAUCCACCUCCUUGUCAAGGUGCUGUUGAACAUCAGUACUGCUGUCCCUAAAGAUAAUUCCUUAACCAUGUGUUCAUUUCCCUUUGCGGUUGCUUUUUCUCUCUUUUUUUAAUGUGUGUGUGUGUGUGUGUGUGUGUAUAACAAAUCAAACUCUUCUUUCCGUUUUUUUGAAAACUGUAAAAUUGUAAAACAUUUUUAGAGCUUAACUGUAAAUCUGUCUUUUGGAAAACAAAAAAAACGGUUUUGUCGAUGUUGUUCGUUAACACCUGCUUGCAAAGAAAACCUUGAAGCCGUUACAGUCAGCUGCUGUGUUGUAUGCUUUGGCAUUUUUGACCAGAUCUUUUUUUUUUUUUUUUUUGGUACUUUUCUUUUCCUCUUAUGACGCCCCUUCACUGCUUGUACUGACAAGCCUAGAGAAGUCCUGAGUUUCCACUUGCUGCUGAAUGGUGUCAUCUGCCAACAAGAAUGCAUGCCUUCAUUUAUCACCAUGUAAAUCUACCGCAAGCAUUGAGUGGGGAAUUGUUGACGCUUAAACUUGUUCCAGUGAGGCCUGGUACUGAUCCUGCAACCUAAAUCAAUUCUGAUUACGAUUACACUAUUGGCUAACUAUGCAAAAAAUGCAAAAGUUGAGUUAAUUAAAUAAGGAUAUUUCGCCAAAUCGAACAAAUUUGAUUUUAAAAAAAAAAAAAAAAAAAAAAAAGGAAGCAGUGAUUUUAAGUGUCACCUCUGGAGCUGUUCAAGUCCACAACAGGUACGUGCGUUGAAGGAGCCAAACCUCCCAGCAGCCGAUCAGCCAAUCACCUGUUUGUGGAACCUGUAGUUCGGAUUGCGGUUUUUAUCUUCAGGCUGGAGUUUCAGUAAACAUGCGUACAUGUCGAAGGCAACCUUCAGAUUACCUUUAGGAAAAGAGAAAACAAUCAGCAGCUAACGGUACAUUUUCUGGCUUAUUUUUCCAGAUCUGGUCUUUUACGAUCUUUAGAAUCGUAAUCAUUGUAAUCUGCAACAAAAUUAGGCCCCAUGUGGUUUCUCCUGUUUAAAACAACUGCACCCUGCCAAUAGCAAGAUACUGUACGUGUUUAAAAGCAAUGCAAAUCCCAAGCUAGAGUUGUCUUUAGUCCCAAACUUUGAGGAAUAUUGGCAGGUGUCAGCUGACCAGAAUGCAAACCUGACAACUCCGUCAGAAGCCUCUUUCCUUCCUCAAAAGUAGAAAUAGUCAAGUAAAUUCUUUCUCCUCCACUCAGUGUCACAAUAACCUUGUCAUUAACCAUCUCAACAUUCCACUCUGUAGGUGUAGAAAAGUCAUGUGUCUCAAUGUUUUUUUUUUCUUUUGCUGGGGACAAAUGUUUUCAUGCACUGACGUUUAAAAGGUUGAAAAAAAAUUAUUCCUCCCUGCCGCUCUUUUUCUCGUUAGCUGAACAAAAAGGCAGUUAUUCUACGCUUUAUAAGGAAAAAAUUAUCCCAUGCAGUAGUGAAUGUGGCACCGAGCCUGUCUGUAUAUCUGGUAUCUCAAAUCAUUUUCUUUUUACUGACCAGUAUUCAGCUUAAAAUAAAAAGGAAAAAAAAAAUAACCCCAAAAAAAAACAACAAAAAAAAAAGUUUGCUUCUGUGACGGUUUUAUUGCUUAGCGCGCACGUGGUUGUGAAAAUUUAGACUUAGCUUAAGGACACCAAUAAAAAUGAGAAAAUGACAAAAAAGAAAACCCCUCAACACCUCCCACUCCCCCACCCUGGUUAUUGACGUAAUACUAGAUUUGUGUAUGUCUUUUAAAAAAAUUCCAACUCUAGUUUCACCUUACAUGUUAUAAACAGGACAAAAUGUAAAAGACAAUUUAAAGUGAAAUAAAGGUUUUAUCAGUUCUGAA